AUGAAGCAAGAUAUCUCUACCCUAUCAUCAACCGAUGAAAACAAUCAUUACCUAUCUAGUAAAAAAAUUAUCAAGAAGAAGCUUAGAUUAUUCGGUACUGAGGUAGAUUUAUUUGAACAUAUCCACUGCUCCACAGAUGCAGGUCAUGAUGGAAAUGCCAAUUCGUCGUCAACAAGAAGUUCAUCCAAAAGGGAGCAGAUCCCCAGGGGAAAAGGUGCAACAAGUGAUCAUGAGGUCAAGAAGUUCGAAUGUGAGUAUUGUUUUAAGGAAUAUGGUAACUCACAAGCACUAGGAGGUCAUCAAAAUGCUCAUAAGAAGGAAAGGAUGAAGAAAAAGAGGUUGCUGCUUCAAGCUAGGGCGGCUAGCAUCAGACAAUACCUUCAACCUCUUGAAUUUAUCUCUUCUUUUGGCUACCAUGGCUCUGCUCCCUUGUUCUGUGAUGCCUCAUAUAAAGUUCCCAAAAUCACUUUCUGUGAUCCAGAACCCCAUAUUAGCUUCAGCCCAUAUGAUCACAAUUUUGCUCCCAAAUGCUAUUCCAUGCCUGAUGAUGAACCAUGUCAAAAGGAUUUCCGUAAAUUUACUCUUCCUCAUGCAGAUCAAUCUGGCGCCAUCAAGCCUCCUCAGUUCUCUGGUCCAGAACAAAAUUAUCUUUCUCUGGAUCUCCACCUGGGAUUGAGCUGA